AUGAAUCACAAUAUCAAUAUCGAACCAGCAAUCUAUAAUACGAGGGACGUCACUCGGGAAUCGGAGAACGGAUGGACAAGCAGCUGUGCUCACCAGCCUCGCCAUACCGAACAACUUGACACAGUCAACCAAUUGCGCCUCCCCUGUGAUCCCUGGGAAAGAGCACUGUGUUUACAAGCUGUCAGUCAGCUGGUAGACCCGGACGAUGACCCUAUGGAAAGCGUGAAACUACCUUGGUUGCAAAAAGGGGAUGGGGAGGAUGGGGGAGAUGAUUAUUGGGAUGAUGACAGUUUUAGUAAUGAUAAAGAGAAAGGAGGGAAAAUGAUAAGGGAUUAG